AUGUGCUGUCUGUGUUGCAAAGAAAAAGAUUCUAUUGGAGUUGAUUAGAGAAAUUCAGGAUAAUAAAGUGCUAGAUAAAUAAUAUCUGGUACUAUUUCAAACAAUUUGAGUAUUUCAGGAUUAGAUUUAAAUAAAAUAACUAUUUUAAGCAUGCUUACUGAUUCGUAACAAUAUGAUUUAUAAAAUGCAGAGUAAAAUAUAAGUACUCCUAUGUAUGCAUAACCUAAUGGUUUAAAUAUGCAUAAUUAAAAUGAGGUUAAUAUAGGUCAAUCAGAUGAUUCUAUUACUUCAAUUAGCCUAGCACAAUUAGAUUUAGAAAAAUUAGUAAAUCAUUUGUUUGACGGGAAUCAAGAUCAGCCAAGUGAGUAUGAUAGUUUUGUAAAGUAUAAAAAUUGCCCUUAAGAAGGAUUGAAUGAUUAUAUAUUUAUUCAAUUUAAGGCUGCUUCAAAAAUUUACUAGCUUCAUGUAUAUAAGAUAAAGUAAGAUGAAAAGUACUUUAGUGAAGUUUACAAAUUUAACGAAUUAAAAAAAAAUGUAGAGAAAAAAUUACAAACAAAAAAACCGCGUAGCAUGAAUACUAUUGUGCUUUAAGCUGAUAUAAUUAAUUACUUUGUUGCUUGGUGA